CUCUCUCAUCCCUACAGUAAGCCAUGCUUCUAUGUCUUUGUUUGAUCCUGCUGCUGCUCUGGUCCUGUCCAUGCACCUGUGCAGAUAUAACCUCCACCUGUCCCAUUGGCUGCUGUUGUCCCCAACCUGGUGCCAUGGUCCUUUGUGAAUUUUUGGGUCUUAGGUCACUCCCACAUUCUGUCCCCAUCAACACCUCUGUUCUCUCCAUGGCCCAUAAUUUGAUCUGCAAUAUGGAUCAUCUCCUACAGCCUUUUUUGGGCCUGCAAGAGUUAAGUCUCAGUCACAACCAGCUGGACCACUUCCCACGUGGCCUGCCCUCCAGCUUGGAGAGUCUGCAGCUUCAAGAGAACCUUAUUACCUACAUCACCACUGGAGCUCUAAGACAACUAGGAAAUCUCAUCCGACUUGAUUUAGAGGAUAAUCGCAUUCGAGCCAUCCAGCCUGGUGCAUUAUUAGGCUUGAGUAAGCUGAAAAUGCUCAUUCUAAAGGGCAACCGGCUGUCAAGCAUGCCCCUCUACAUGCCUCCUUCUCUGACCCACUUAGAUGUGUCAGCCAACUGCAUUUUGGCACUGGAAGUACCCUCUCUUGUCAGACUUGUUCACCUGCAAAUCUUAAAAAUCAACAGUAACUGUUUACAGACUAUCCCUGAAAGUACAUUUGACAGUCUCCCUCGCCUCUACUCUGUGGAGCUAGCUAAUAACCUUUGGGUGUGUGAAUGUGAUAUCAUAUACUUGUACCACUGGCUGAAGAGUGGCAGACUCAGAACGGCUGCAGAUCUGGUGUGUACUGCACCACUCCAUUUGGCACAUAAAAUGCUUGCCACACUUUCUAUCACAAUGAUAUGUCCAGGGAAACAAGCAGAAGUCGUCACAUAUAAAAAUGCAAUAACUGAUCUGGAGAGUUCAAGGUCUGAAGGCAAGGCUGACUCUGAAUCACCAGUAAAAAUGACUCAAGCCCUGACAGAACUCCACCAAAACUCACUGCAAACUCCAAUAAAAAGUGGAAAACUAAUUAUCUCAGAAGAAAUCGUUAAGGACACACCUUACUAUACAGACUUUUCAACUACCCGCUUCUUGGCAAACUCCUACUCUUUAGGAGGCUUAACCUAUGAAGACUGCCUGUCUUUGAAUAAGUCGGAAAAAACACCCAGCACCCCAUUUCCAGAGAUGGAGACAAGUUGCUUAGAACAGUCCACAGGACAGCCAGCAACCUUGUCUUCUGCAGUCCAGCCAGCCAGCACUCCUUUUUCUGCUGUUAGAAAGUGGUUUUGCAUCGAUGUUCUGAAAACCUGGACCUUCCAGUUUGCUAUCCAGAUGUACACCCAGAUAUUUGUAGUUUUCCACUACCUCCACCUCUUCCCCCAUGAUGGAGACAGUGUUCAACUUUGUUCUAGCCCUCCUAAAGUCUACUACCAUCUCUUUGGUCUUGCAUGGCCACAUUUAAGACUUCUCUCUCAGCAAAACAGGUUGUAUGGUGUUGAAGGCACUGGAGAAGUCGAAGAACAUUAUUCUCACUGCACUACCAGCUUCAUCCAGGUGGUUGUGGGCUCGCUGAAGCAGGUAGAUGAUGGCAUCUUCAACACCAACCUCACGUUGAUAGGCAAAUUGCAGUGGGUCCAUUGA